UCUGCUCCUGCUCUCCCUUCUGCAGGUGACCCCAGCCACGAUGAGGACCCUCACCGUCCUUGCUGCCAUUCUCCUGGUGGCCCUCCAGGCCCAGGCUCAGCCAUCCCCGGCAAGAGCUGAGAAGGUUGCAGCCAAGGAGCAGCCUGUAGCAGAGGACUGUGACUUUGCCAUCUCCUUCACAUGGGACACGAGAUCAGAUUUUAGGGCUUCAGGCCCAAGGACCCACUUGAGAUGCUCUUGCAGAAUAGGAGUCUGUCGCCUUGAAGAAAGCGUGUCUGGAACGUGCACCUCCGACGGGAUCCAAUACAAAUUCUGCUGCCUCUGAGCUUGUAGAACAGGAGAAAAUAAGUUCAUAACUUACUUUCCGACCAGGAAGAUAACUUUCAUUAUGCCUCUACUUGGUCCCUAGCUUCCUUUCUCCAUCUCUCAUCAAGUCCUUGUAGCAAGU